GAAAGCGACCCCCGGUACACGGACCCACAACACCAGACCGCAUGUGUGUUCCAUGCAUCCGCCGACGGGCUGGCGAUAGCCACCGACCACGUCCGCUUCGGCAUCUCCCAUUUUCCGUUCGCGCUGUGCCGUUUGGCGCUCUUUUGCUGUCCGUCACUAGCCUCCAACCUGGAGCCGCAGCACACGGACGCCCUGAUGUCGAAGUUCGCCUCCCGAGCGCGGCAGGUCAACCGGUUCGCGCAGCCCCUCAUGAUGCUGGGCGACGGAUCAGACGCCAGCGCAGAGCCGUUCGCCGCUUUGCUGAGUGAUCUGUCUGGGGGAAGCCUGGCUCGCGACGUGGGCGGCUGGUACAAGGCGCGCAACUACACGGGCGUUGUCCUACGCUGGCCAGAGGCCACGCCCGCUACCACCUGGCAGUACGUGGCGCCGCUCCUGCGAGGGCUUGCACAGCGACUCGGCUCGCCGAAGCACCCCAUUCGCCUGGGAGUCGCGCUGCGCCAGGACAGGCUACGGGCCGGACUUGAAGCGCAUCGUCUCCAGCCUUGGCAAGGCGUCCAUCUUCCUCUUGCCGCCCGCCAUGCGCCAGAACAAGUAUUACGCGCACACGAUACGCUACUUCAGCCAGACAACAUUGGACACCUUGUAUAGCCUGAACCUUCGCUUCCUGAGCCGUAACGUCUCCGGCCACCUGUGUUACCUGUUCCCGGCCGACACUUACACUUACCGGGUGCAGCCGCCUGACACUACUAAAUCUCUCGGCCCCGGCAUCCAAGGUCCCGUGACCAAGAACGCCGGACGCAUCGCGUACUUCGAGACGUGCAAGAUUGCGAGCGCCUACUCGAAGCGCUUCACCGACUACGGCGUCGAGGCGCUGCACGGCGAUUCCUUUUUGGCGUACACGGAACCGCAGCUUCUGGGGCGCUUCGUCGACUAUAUGCACGAACGCGCGUCGGCCACUUGCGUGGGCAUCUGGGACCCCCAGAUGGACGACUUCGGCGACGCGUGCGGUUUCGGGGAAUACCCGCUCACUAGCGCCACCUUCCGCUUCUACAAUGACACCCAUCAGUAGCUUUGGGGACGCCCCUAUGUCAGAACGGGGGCUUUCUCAUAUCCACCAUUCAUUUCAUUUAUUUAUUUGUUUAUUUAGUUUUCUUGCGGCGCACGACAGAGCUUGUUAAGAGACGACAUUGCAAGCAUGUCGCCUGUUAAAGCACGUCUGGUAAUAUGUCGGCCGAGAUUGGACCGACGAAACGACGCUAGCGGCUACAAAGCCCAAUUCGCUUUCCAGCCUUUUCCUGUGGGCUACGUUGCACGUAAUAUUGUUUAGAAAUAUUGAUGUUUACGUUUUAUUUUCCGACUUUUUCUUUGCAAUCUUCUUGUUUCGCCUAAUGAUUGUUUGUUUACUCCUGGGCGAUGACCUUGAAGUGCGUUCGCUACA